AUGCGGUCUUCUGUCGCUACAGCCACCGUCCCUCCACGGAAGCCCGCCGUGGAGAGGGUGACGGUCAAGGCACAGGAGAAACAGACCUCUGUAGGCUCCAAUGCUCAAGGAGAAAACGACCAUGAUCAUUUCUUCUGGACUUACACCGAAGAGCCGCAUCGGACACGACGAAUGGCCAUCAUCAAGGACCACCCAGAGGUGACCAAGCUCUGCGGCCCCGAACCGUUAACAAAAUGGGUCGUCCUCUUCGUUGUCUCCCUACAGGUGCUCUGCGCAUACCUCCUCCGUGAUAAGCCAUUCAUUUCAUGGCCAACGUUCCUCACCGCAUACAUAAUCGGAGCAACCGCCAAUCAAAACCUGUUCCUCGCUAUCCACGAGAUAUCUCACAAUUUGGCAUUCAAGAGUGCUCAGGCAAACAGGCUCUUCGCCAUCUUCGCAAACCUGCCCAUUGGCAUACCAUACAGUGCUUCGUUCAGGCCCUACCAUCUCACUCAUCACAAAUCCCUCGGCGUGGACGGCCUGGAUACCGAUCUCCCCACGCCACUUGAAGCUCUCUUCCUCGAUUCCGUCCUCGGCAAGGCCUUCUUUUGCACCUUCCAGAUUUUGUUCUAUGCUCUGCGUCCCAUGUUCGUUUAUCAGCUACCUUUGACGAAAAUACACUUUCUCAACAUCGCUGUACAAUUCGCAUUCGAUUUUGCGCUCAUCAAAUUCAUCGGUGGCCGUGCUUUGGGCUACAUGAUUCUCAGCUCUUUCUUGGCUGGGUCACUCCAUCCCUGCGCCGGACAUUUCAUUGCGGAGCACUAUGUCUUCGACAAGCAACCUGAGGAGGCUCGCGAUCCAGCAAACAAGAUUCCUCUACCCGAAACAUAUUCUUACUACGGUCCGCUAAACAUUCUUACCUACAACGUUGGCCUGCACAACGAGCAUCACGAUUUCCCUGCAGUACCUUGGACACGCUUGCCGGCUUUGAAUAGAAUGGCCCACGAAUACUACGACGAGUUACCUCAGUGCAAGAGCUGGGUGAAUGUCAUCUGGCAAUUCAUUUGGGAUAAGGACAUCUCACUUUGGUGCCGUGUAAAGAGGAAAGAAGGUGGACGCAAAGUUGGCGCAGGAAACGGCUGGAGCGAGGAGGAACUCGGUGCGAACGAGAAGAAAGGACCAAUCCCUGGAGUACGAUAA